AUGGAGCACGUGUCAGUGAAGUUUGAGUACGAGUACACAGCGAAAGAUGGUCGCCGAGUGUCCAUAAAGCCAAAUGAAAGUUACAUCCUGGUCUCCAAGACUAAUGAUCACUGGUGGCACGUUCGCAAAGACCAGCGCACCAAGCCCUUUUAUAUUCCUGCACAGUAUGUGGAGGAGCUCUCGGCCGCCGGUGGAAACCAUCUUCGUCCUAAUAAGCUGAAUUCAGCUCAGGGUCUGACUGUUAGUAAGCCAGUGGAUAUGACCAACGUAAAGCCACGUAAAGGGACAACAAAGAGUCGUCCAUCAUCUCAGGAUGUUCCAAAAGAGACCUACCGCUUCUCCACUUUUGGUUUCGGUGACGACUUACCAGAGGUGAAGACAGAUGUACAGACUAACAGCACCUUUGCACAUACUCUGAAUAAUGUCAAAACGCACAACUCAGCACCUCCAAAGGCUGAAAGCACCGAAGUGUAUGCAAAACCUCAUCUGGUGCCAAAGGUCAUAAAAGAAAAAAAAGAGUCAAAAAUCUCACUGCAGGAUGAUACUGCAGAGCAGACCUCUGCACACGAUGAGGAUAUGGAUUUCCCUUUGCCCCCACCACCCACAUAUGACACCAUACCAGAGCUAAUCGUCACAGAAUUUGACACUUUUCCCGAGCCUCCGCCUCCUCUUGUUUCCCUCGACACGCAUCCCCCAGAGAGGCAAAGUUUCAAACAAACUGCAGAAAAAACUUCCAUACAAGUACCUCCUACGGAGCAGGUGCAGGAUGAAAAUCUCCGGUCAGCAGUGUACGUCAAUGUAGCAGAGCUCCGGAAAAGCAUCUCAGAGUCUCCUCCAUCGGCUCCUUCGUCCUACUCGCCUUCCUACCUUAACCCAGAGGGAUGGGAGGUGCACGUUGACGACGAAAGUGGACAGGAGUAUUACUACCACCCCAACACGGGGCGCACAACCUGGGACAGCCCGUUUGUAGACCCCUGCGCAGACCCUGAACCACUCCCUGCAGAGCCUUAUUCCCCCUCACCUCCUCAAUCUCCUGUCCUUUCUCUGUCCACCGCCUCCCCACCGGCGUGGACCUCAGACUGGGAGCAGUUAGUGGAUGAGACCAGUGGUCGCCCAUACUUCUACAACCCAAUGUCUGGGGAAACAUCUUGGGAGCCCCCUGAGCAGCCUCAGAGCCCCUACCCGCCUCUGAUGGAGCCUAUGAGUGUGCACAGGUUUCAUGAGGAUGAGCGGCCUCCUUUACCGGAGGAGGACUACCCCUCAGAGGAUUACCCGCCUGCAGAUCCACCAGAGGGCUAUGGGGACACCCAUGCCACAGGACCUCCAGCACCAAUCCCAAAAGACUACAGCUUCAGCCAUGUGAUCCGGCCCGUAAUCCCCAGGGCCAACCUGGACCGCAACACCCCGGCUGGUUGGAACCUCACCGUAGAGAAAGAUGGGACGUGGGUGUUCACCAGUGAAAACUCUCCAGAUCAGUGGAUCAAGUCUUUGGAUGAGCAGGGGCAGACUUACUACUAUCUAAGAGAUGGCUCCAGGUCUCUGUGGAACCUGCCCGAGGCCCCUGUAGCUUAUAGCCAGUUGAGGGUGGAGAAUGGCGUUGAGGCGGAUGGCAUGUCUGUCAUCAAAAACUGGAGACAGACCGUGGGACCUGCUCAGUUCAGCUCUGCCCAGGAAGAUGGGAGAUUCGCCCCGACUCACAGGAGGAACACAUCAGACUACAGCUCCAGUGACAGCUCCAGUACAGGAAACUCUCCUGAGACGCAGCAAAAUGUGCAGAACUUGGAGAAAGCUGGAAUUCUUAAUAAAACAAAAGUGUCUGAGAAUGGAAGGAAAGUAAGGAAAAACUGGGCCCCGACGUGGACUGUUCUCCAUGGAGGGGUGCUGACGUUCCACAAGGACCCAAAAUCUGCAUCAUCAGGGGCCGCGAACAAAACCAAUCACAUUGUCCCGGAGGUUGCGGUGGAUCUGCGCGGAGCAACGAUUGGCUGGGCCACAAAGGACAAAUCGAGCAAAAAGAAUGUUUUAGAGUUAAAAGGAAAGAAUGGUGUGGAGUUUCUGUUGCAAUAUGACACCGAAAGCAUCAUCACUGACUGGCAUAAAGUCUUAGUGGACACCAUAAGGCAACUUGAGUACCAGGAACAUCAUUCUGAGGAGGAGGAUGCAGACAUUUAUGAAAAGAUCCCCAACACAGAUGAGAAGGUGGGAGGUGCCAUAGACAAGAGAAAAUCAAGGGGAAGUGUUACAAGUACAGCUGCAACCACCACUGCAGCAGAAACAGAGCAGAAGAAGGUCCGAACCAAACUGAUGAAGUUCCUCAUGAAGCGUCCCACGUUGCAGACGGUCAAAGAAAAAGGCUACAUCAGAGAAAAUGUCUUUGGUUGUGACCUUGCGACAUUGUGCGCACAUGAAAAGACUACAGUACCGAGUUUUGUAGAGAAAUGUAUUAAUGCAGUGGAAAGGCGAGGUCUGGAUAUUGAUGGACUCUACAGAGUCAGUGGGAACCUCGCUGUCAUUCAGAAACUGCGCUUCAAGGCCGAUCACGAUGAACUGGACCUCGAGGACGGUCAGUGGGAAGAUGUUCACGUCAUCACUGGAGCGCUGAAGUUAUUUUUCCGGGAGCUUUCUGAGCCGCUUUUCCCAUACAGCCACUUUAAUAAGUUCAUCUCAGCCAUCAGAAUUGGUGAUUUCAACACAAAACGGGAUCACAUGUAUGACUUGAUCCAGUCACUUCCUGCUCCAAACCACGACACCAUGAAGCUUCUAUUCGGGCAUUUACACAGGGUUAUUGAAUAUGGGCAGGAUAAUCGUAUGACUGUACAGAAUGUGGCAAUUGUGUUCGGCCCAACGCUGCUUCGGCCGGAGAUGGAGUCGGGGAAUAUCGCGAUGCACAUGGUCUUCCAGAACCAGAUAGUGGAGUUCGUCCUGAACGAAUACAACUAUCUCUUCCAAUAAACAGGAACAAACCUCCAGUACAGACCUGGGCCAACAUGUAAAUGUGGUCAAAUUGUUUAAAGAGAUAGAUUUACCUUUGCAUUUGCACAUCAGCAGCUUCAGUGUGCGACCUGGAAAGUUAAACUCCUUCUGUAAAAUAUGUGAAAGGGGUCUUUCAAGUUUAUUCAGACUAGGAAAGGGAUCUUCACGUGCUCAUCGCUGAGGAUAUUUGAAGCAUGUUUAACCACUGUUUUAUCUGGAUUUUCUCUGUCGUGUGCAGCUUACACCGUUAGACCCUACGUUGGCAGUAUUGCAGGAGAGGAAGUCGAGCUACAUGGGUGUUGACAGGUGUUGUUUGGUUUACCGUUUCAAAGCCACUGAGCUUGUUUUGUGUGUGUGUGUGUGUGUGUGUGUGUGUGUGUGGAGUAAAGACUGUAACAAAUUGCUCUCCCUCCCUGGAACUCUAGGUGUCUAAAUCUCACAAGUCACUUUCUGGAGAUUUUAUUUUAUUGCUUUUUUUUGUUUUGGUUUAUCUAAAUCUCAGUGAUAAUAGAACCAAUAGGUCAAACUCGGAGAAAUGCAUUAAUUCUCUCUUUAGCAAAUUUUCUUUUAUUGCUUUUAUCUUUAUUUUUUAGUAAUUUACAGUUUAUCACUCAUGGCAAUAUCUGAGAUUCUAUGCUAAUAUUGUUUCUUCUCUUUCGGCCUCAUUUUUGCGCAGGAAUCUUAUUGUAAUAUAGAAAUGUGUAAAAAAAAUAUAUUAAUACUUCUUGCUAUGAAAUAGAUGAUGGUGACUUAGAGUACUUGUGCAACUUGUAGAUUAUUUUCAACUGAAAACAUCAUUUUUCAAUCAUGCUGUACUUGAAGAAAUUGUAUAAUAACAGCACAGAGAUAUAAAGUAGCAACAGUUUGAAAUUCAGAACAGAAACAUGGAUUGUAGAAGAGCUUUAUGACAUGUAAAUAGAAAUAGAUGGCAUAUUUAUGCUUCAAGUUGGUGAAAAUGCACAAGUUAUUCCAUAAUAAAAUAACUUUGUUAAAAAAAAG